CUCAGCUCAGCUCUUGCUCUUGCUCGUCGCUGCCAAAGAAUUCUAACCCAGGAAGAGCGAAGAGAGGGAGAUGGAGGCAACGAAGACGACGAAGCCGGCGGGCGGGAGGAAGGGCGCUUCCAAGAGGAAACCCGUCUCCAAGUCUGUCAAGGCCGGGCUCCAGUUCCCCGUGGGGAGAAUCGCUCGCUUCCUCAAGAAGGGCCGAUACGCCAAGAGGCUCGGCACCGGGGCUCCCAUCUACCUCGCCGCAGUCCUUGAGUACCUCGCUGCUGAGGUGCUGGAGCUGGCGGGGAAUGCGGCGAGGGACAACAAGAAGACGCGCAUUAUUCCGAGGCACGUGCUUUUGGCCGUGAGGAAUGACGAGGAGCUCGGCAAGCUUCUCUCUGGUGUGAUCAUUGCUCAUGGCGGCGUCCUCCCGAAUAUUCACCAGGUGCUGCUCCCCAAGAAGACCAGCAAGGCAGAGCCCGAACCCAAGUCUCCAAAGAAGGCAUAGAAGCUUCUCCGCUGUCGGUAGUCAGCGGCGGUAGCGUAUUUUUUGUUCCGUGGCUCUGGGUUUUUGGGAUACCUACUACUGUAUAUAUAGCGCAGCUCUGUUUCGGGGCACUGUAACAGUACACACUGGAUGUUCUACUUUGAAUGAUCCUUGUAAUGAAAUGUCCUUUAUCCUUGGUUUUCUCUUGCC